UAGGAUGGAGGGGCAGGGUGCCCGGGUGAGUUGUGUGGGGACAGGGUCAAGGGGGCAAGUGGUGAGGCGGACUUCUGAGAAGACCUUAGUGACCUCCUCAGUGGUUGCAAGGCUGAAGGAGCGGAGUGUUGGGGAGGUUAUAGUGUGCGGGAUGUUAAGGGUGAUGGGGGGCAGGGCGGGCGGUUGCGAAGUCAGAGUAGGGGAGAGUUGGAGGGGUUGUAGUGGGAGGGAGACUAGGUGGGGAGGUAGGAGGUAGGUGUUCUUAUGGAUUGCGUCAAUCUUAUUUUGGAAGUGAAUGGCAAUCUCGUGGGCGGUGAGUGAGGUACUGCGUGGGGGGGGAGAGUAGGGAGUUGAAAGUGAAGAAGUGGAGAAGAGCCGGCGAGGAUUGUAGGAGAGGGUGUUGAUGAGGGUUACGAAGUAGGCUUGUUUGGCGGCGUGGAGGGAGGAGGUGUAGGUGAGGAAGGCGGAUUUGUAGAGGGAGAAUGCUUGAGGGGA